CCCCUCCGCUUGCUUUGUUUAAAUUAUCUCCUUUCUGCCCGUCUUUUCGCCCUGGGAAGCGAAGGAGCGAGGCGGAUGGCUCAGCGCGCCUGGGAGCGGCUAACCUGGCUGCUCUCGGAGGAGGGUAGGAGGGAGAGAGCAGGAGCAGCAGCUCUCACUGCAGCCUGUUUUUUUAUGCGGGCUGCCCCUUUCCGCUCAAGCAGCGCAGCCUGCCCCGAGCAGCGGGCUGGUCGCCUCCAUCCAGCUGCAUUUGGUAUGCAUGAGCGCUGCUGUUCCCACGCAGGAGCCAGCUUGCUUAAGGAGGAUCGAUCGGUGGCCACGGCCGCGCCGCUCGCCCAGCCUAGCCCAGCCCAGCCCUCUGCCCGCUGCCCGCUCCGGGCCAGCCCUGUCCCUGCCGGUCCCCCUGGGUCUCUGCCCCGCGGCGGGCGGGAUGCGCAGGGGGUGCCCGCGCCCGGGGUGGCGGUUUCCGCGGUAGGCGCUGCCAGGUCUGCGGCUGAUCUCCCGGUGGGAUUUUGUGGAGGGUCAUGAAUCAGACCGACGCUCCCCGGCCACUGAACUGGACCAUCCGGAAGCUGUGCCAUGCCGCGUUCCUCCCCUCCGUCAGGCUUCUGAAGGCACAGAAAUCAUGGAUAGAAAGAGCAUUUUACAAGAGAGAAUGUGUUCAUAUCAUACCCAGCACCAAAGACCCCCAUAGGUGUUGCUGUGGGCGUCUAAUAGGUCAACAUGUUGGACUGACUCCAAGCAUCUCUGUUAUUCAGAAUGAGAAAAAUGAAAGCAGGCUUACUCGCAAUGACAUCCAGUCGGAGAAGUGGUCCAUCAGCAAGCACACACAGCUCAGCCCGACGGACGCUUUUGGAACCAUUGAGUUCCAAGGAGGAGGCCAUUCCAAUAAAGCCAUGUAUGUACGUGUGUCUUUUGACACAAAGCCUGACCUUCUUCUGCAUCUGAUGACCAAAGAGUGGCAGCUUGAGCUCCCUAAACUUCUCAUCUCUGUGCACGGGGGCCUUCAGAAUUUUGAACUUCAGCCAAAACUCAAGCAAGUCUUUGGAAAAGGCCUCAUUAAGGCUGCUAUGACAACCGGAGCAUGGAUAUUUACUGGAGGAGUAAACACAGGAGUCAUUCGGCAUGUUGGAGAUGCACUGAAAGAUCAUGCCUCAAAAUCUAGAGGGAAGAUCUGCACCAUUGGUAUCGCUCCCUGGGGGAUUGUGGAAAAUCAAGAGGAUCUGAUUGGCAAAGAUGUGGUCCGGCCAUACCAGACAAUGUCCAACCCCAUGAGUAAGUUGACAGUGCUCAACAGUAUGCAUUCUCAUUUUAUUUUGGCUGACAAUGGGACUACUGGUAAAUAUGGAGCUGAGGUGAAACUUCGCAGACAGCUGGAAAAGCACAUUUCACUUCAGAAGAUAAAUACGAGAAUUGGUCAAGGGGUUCCAGUGGUUGCCCUUAUUGUGGAAGGAGGUCCCAAUGUUAUCUCAAUUGUUCUGGAGUACCUGAGAGACACUCCUCCUGUUCCUGUUGUGGUAUGCGAUGGCAGCGGCCGGGCAUCUGACAUCCUUGCCUUUGGUCACAAAUACUCUGAAGAAGGAGGACUUAUCAAUGAGUCUUUGAGGGAUCAGUUGCUAGUUACCAUACAGAAGACUUUCACAUACACCCGAACCCAGGCACAGCACCUCUUCAUUAUCCUCAUGGAGUGCAUGAAGAAGAAGGAGCUGAUCACAGUAUUUCGCAUGGGAUCAGAAGGACACCAGGAUAUUGAUUUAGCUAUCCUGACAGCAUUACUGAAAGGAGCUAACGCGUCUGCUCCCGACCAGCUGAGCCUAGCAUUAGCGUGGAACAGAGUAGACAUCGCCCGCAGUCAGAUCUUUAUUUACGGGCAACAGUGGCCGGUGGGCUCCCUUGAGCAAGCAAUGCUGGAUGCACUGGUGUUGGACAGAGUGGAUUUUGUGAAAUUACUCAUAGAAAAUGGAGUAAGCAUGCAUCGUUUUCUCACCAUCUCCCGGCUAGAGGAAUUGUACAAUACGAGACAUGGACCAUCCAACACUCUGUAUCAUCUAGUCAGGGAUGUCAAAAAGGGAAACUUACCUCCUGAUUACCGGAUAAGUCUGAUUGAUAUUGGUUUGGUGAUAGAAUACCUGAUGGGAGGAGCGUAUCGCUGCAAUUACACCCGAAAGCGUUUCAGAACACUGUACCACAAUUUAUUUGGGCCCAAGAGGCCAAAAGCCCUGAAACUGUUGGGAAUGGAGGAUGAUGUCCCUUUGCGGCGAGGGAGAAAAACAACCAAAAAAAGAGAAGAAGAAGUAGAUAUUGAUUUGGAUGACCCUGAGAUCAACCAUUUCCCCUUCCCAUUCCAUGAGCUGAUGGUGUGGGCUGUACUGAUGAAGCGUCAGAAGAUGGCCCUCUUUUUCUGGCAGCAUGGGGAAGAGGCUAUGGCUAAAGCACUAGUGGCCUGCAAACUCUGCAAAGCUAUGGCCCACGAAGCAUCAGAAAAUGACAUGGUGGAUGACAUAUCCCAAGAGCUGAACCGUAAUUCCAGGGACUUCGGCCAGUUGGCAGUGGAGCUGUUGGACCAGUCAUACAAGCAGGAUGAGCAACUGGCAAUGAAAUUGCUGACCUACGAGCUGAAGAACUGGAGCAACGCCACAUGCCUGCAGCUCGCAGUGGCAGCCAAGCACAGGGACUUCAUUGCUCACACUUGCAGCCAGAUGCUGCUCACAGACAUGUGGAUGGGUCGUCUCCGGAUGCGCAAAAAUUCUGGCCUAAAGGUAAUUCUAGGAAUUCUACUUCCUCCUUCAAUCCUCAGCUUGGAGUUCAAGAACAAAGAUGAUAUGCCUUACAUGACCCAAGCCAAUGAGAUCCAUCUCCAAGAGAAGGAGCCAGAGGAACCAGAGAAACCAGUGAAAGAAAAAGAGGAGGAGGACAUGGAACUCACCGCAAACAGCAGGAGCUGCCCACAGGACCCCGUCUGCAGGCAGGCAGAAGGACCUGCCUACAGGACCCAAUAUGCAGGCAAGCCGAAGGAGCAGCCCACAAGACCCACCUACAGGACUCAUUUGCAGGCAAGAACCUGGCUGUUGGGAAGGACCAGAAGCCAGAACAGUAGCAAUGGGCCAUUCUCUGCUCAUUAGCUACUAAUUGCAGUUUACUAUCUCUGGCUUCUGAUCCAAUUAUGAAGUGCCUAUUCAAAUCAAAUAAGCACUUUGCAAGCUGCCUUUUUCUUGGCAAUGGGGAGAAAUUUGGGAAGGAAGCAAUUUCCAUCUUUCUGCAAUUAUCCCAGCUCCUGGUUUCUUGUCUACAAUGCUGUGUUUCCUAUAUACCUUCUGACUUCUGCUACAAGGAAGCGGUGUGUGAACUGGAUCUGCUUUUCCAGAUGAGCUUUUUCCUGUCUUCCUUCCAUGUGCUGACAGUCCUAUUGCUCUUCCCUGUCAUUGACUCUGCCCUUAGCUCUUUCAAAUUUGAUGCAUCAUUCUAGUGAAGUUUCAGACACUUACAGCCUUUUCUGUAAAAUAAGAACUGUUUCUAUGGAGACCAGCAAGUUUAGAAACAAUAUCUUUGGCACACUACUGCUGACUUAAUAUUUCUCUUUGUAAUCUGCACUGGACUUUUGGACUGCACAGCUUCUUCACCCAAGUGCCCUUCAGUGGUAAGGAGAGAUGAUUUGUUGCUAGCAAAGAACCCUUUGCACAUAUUUCUGUGGUUAGAUGCCAUUGCCAGUUAUAUUUAGUCACCUUCAGGUACCAUGUCAGGGAGAGUAUUCCUACCUGACAUGUUUUAGAUAGAAGAAAAGGAUUUCAGACUGAAGUUAUGCAUUGUUCCAGCCUUAGUCAAAUGGUCUGGCAUAAGUUAGGUUGGGUCUCUUCUCCACUGAUAAGAUGAUGCCUGUAAGACUCUUUGGAAAGUUCCUCUGUGAAGUUUCCCUUUAGACACACUUAAAUUUAUCAUAUUCAU